CUAUCGCCAAUGCAGCUCGAGGUGUCGAUACUAUUUUAAAACACUUUUACUUCUUAAAACUGCUACUUCUACAUGUUCUACCGAGAAUAUUCGUAAAAACUUCCACUUUCGUACGGCAUUUUUUAAAAAACCACGGAACCGCGUCUCCGUAGUAAAAAAAGAAAGCGACAUUACCUUGAGUUGCCUGGCGGGUUUUUCAUCACCAAAAUGGGAUGCGAUGGCGGAACUAUUCCUCGUCGGGACGAAUUGGUGAAACUAAAAAAGAAACCAGAACAGAAAGACAAGGACUCGGAAAGGCAAUAUCGCUGGAAGUAUUGUGCUUUAACGCAGCUGCGUUUGCAAAUCCCAAUCGUCAUGUGCGCUCUAGGAAGAUUAUAUUCGAAACAAAGUGUUAUUGAAGCACUAUUGGACAAAGAAAAGAUGCCAGAAUCGUGCAGACAUAUCAAAACACUGAAGGAUAUUAAGAAAUUGAACCUUACUCCAAACCCUGCGUACGACGAAUCCAGAGAUGGCCAAAGUUCACCAUUUAUCUGUGCAUUGAGUGGGCUGGAAAUGAGUGGACUUUUCCGGUUUAUGGCCCUGUGGACCUGUGGAUGUGUUUUUUCGGAAAGGGCUCUUAAAGCUAUAAAAGACAAAUCUUGCCCACUCUGCCAAAUAGCAUUCACCGAUGAUGACAUAGUUAUCCUUAACGGAUCUGAAGGAGAUGUCGACCAAAUGCAUUCGAAACUGCAGGCUCGUAAUGCGCGUUUGAAAUUGGAAAAGAAAAUUAAUUUAGAAAAAAAAGCCAAAUCAGCCUCCACUUCAACUUUAGCUGGAUCAUCAACAUCCAAUGGAACAAAUUCCAAAUCGGAAUAUAAGAGUCAUACAAAUCAAAGUACAAUCAGUGAAGAAAGCUGCAAACCUGUCCCCGUUGGCAAGUCAAUUACUUUGAACAAACGAGCCCUUAUUAGCGACAAGAUCGGAGAAGAUCCAGUAUACAAGAAGUCUAAGGAUGAUUACAGCGUUGCGAAAGAUCCUAAAGCAUCAGCUGUGUAUAAAUCAUUGUUUACCUCUCACGACAGUGAAAAGGAUCAAAAGCGUGCACACUGGGUUACGUACAACCCUUUCUACAAUUAGUUUCGAUUCAGACAAUAUAUAUGAUUUUAUAUUUUUCAAAUUGGAAUAUAGAGCUCUUUAAUAAAUUUUCGGUUUGAAAUUAGUGUGCUAAUUUCCACACGAUACACCAAACUCUACCAUAAAGCAUUAUCUGUACAAAUGUAUGGGAAGUGUUCAAAUGUAUGGGAUGUCCUGAUAAUAAAAUCGUUUCGCCGAUGAAUGACAAAUAAAAUAAGCA